AAAACCACUUGUAUUAGUCUACGGCUAAUAGUGGAAGCUCUGUGUUUUCUCUGCUUAAGCCUUAAGCACUCGACUGACUCACAUUCAUUCAUUCAUUCUUUGCUUCCACCUUUUAUAUCACGAGAUCCCCAUCUCUCUUUUCUUUUCUUUGCUUUGCUUCAUGUUUUCUUCACGUACCUCCCUUUCUUCUUCUUCUUCUUCUUCUUCUUUUUCUGUAUUGCUUUUGUUUUAGAGUACAUCUGCAAGUACAAGCACGAGAGAGGGAGAGAAAGAAGAUAGCAUAUGAUUGAAUGCAGAACCACAAUUGUUGUUGUUGAGAUUUAGAAUUCUGAGGAAACACGAAGAAAACAACAACACUCAAAAUAUGUCAUCACAUUCCAAAAGGCCAAGCCUUGAUUCUCUAACCAGCCGAUACCGUGACUCACUGAGUUUCACAGCAGCCGACCACGGCAUUAAUGAAAAAGAAAUGAACAAGCCUGACUUCAAAGAACUCGAUCUGGGUUCACCGGUUUCACCAUUGCUCACCACCCGUGUCUCCAUCAACAGCAACGGAAAUGCAACCGCCACUACAACGUCAAGCAGUAGUUCAAGCUCUUCAGCUGGUUCCGUUUCGGGCAAAAACAACAACAGCACAACUACCCAUUUGCCUAAAAGUAAUGGCUUGAACACCAACAAUUCAGGGGAGCUGUCGGAGACAAGUCCAUCUAUACCCGGAUCCGCCCCAACAAACCGGAUUCUUAGGCCGGGUCACAGGAGAUCCGUGUCUGCUGGACCCCCAUUGAUCUACUCUGGUUCAAGCUUCAGUGGAGCAACCUCAUUUGCAUCGUCAUCAGUUUGUUCCAAUCCAAGCACGACAAAUGUUUUGCCAAGUGGUAACAUUUGCCCAUCUGGCAAAAUCCUCAAAACCAUGGCGUCUCGUACCUCUAACAAGACGGACACGCUUGGUGCUGGCAAAGGAAACUAUGGACAUGGCAGCAUAAUGCGUGGUGGUGGUGGCGGUACUAAAUUGGGGAACACUAGUGAUCCCGAGGAAGUGAAGAGAGCUGGUAAUGAGAUGUAUAAAAGAGGGAAUUUUGUGGAGGCAUUGGCAUUUUACGAUAGGGCAAUAUCCAUUUCACCGGAAAACGCCGCGUUCAGGAGUAACAGGGCAGCGGCGUUGACGGCCGUGGGAAGGUUGGGAGAGGCUGUCAGGGAGUGUGAGGAGGCUGUUAGGUUGGACCAUGCUUAUGGCAGAGCUCGUCAGAGAUUGUCUUCUCUUUAUCUUAGGUUAGGUCUUCCUGAAAAUGCCAGGCACCACCUAUGUUUCCCAGGGCAAAAUCCAGAUCAAGCUGAGUUACAGAAGUUGCAGUUGUUGGAGAAGCAUAUUAAUCGAUGCACAGAUGCCCGAAAGAUUGGUGAUUGGAAGAGUGCACUAAGGGAAACGGAUGCAGCAAUAGCUGUUGGCGCAGACUCAUCUCCCCAGCUCAUUGCUUGUAAAGCAGAAGCCCUUUUGAAGCUCCACCAAAUUGAGGAUGCAGAUUCCUGCCUAUCAAACAUUCCAAAAUUGGAGCAAUAUACUCCCUUCUCACAGACUAAGUUCUUUGGUAUGGUGGCUGAAGCUUAUGCCCUCUUUGUUCAAGCUCAAGUUGAGAUGGCAUUGGGAAGAUUUGAGAAUGCAGUUUCAGCAGCAGAGAAGGCUGGACGUAUUGAUUACAACAACGUAGAGAUUGCAAUGGUAUUAAACAAUGUGAAAAUGGUAGCAAGAGCAAGGACUCGCGGCAAUGACUUCUUCAAUGCUGGAAGAUUUGCUGAAGCCUGCUCAGCUUACGGGGAAGGCCUCAGAUAUGAUAGUUCUAACUCUAUUCUCUAUUGCAAUAGAGCAGUUUGCUGGUCCAAACUUGGACUUUGGGAAAAAUCUGUAGAGGACUGCAACCAGGCUCUAAAGAUCCAACCAAAUUACAUAAAGGCCUUACUUCGAAGGGCUGCCUCAAAUGGAAAGCUUGGACGGUGGGCAGAUGCUGUGAGAGAUUAUGAGCUGUUGAGGAAGGAACUUCCUGAAGACAAUGAAGUUGCUGAGUCUCUACACAAUGCACAAAUUGCGCUGAAGAAAUCUCGUGGAGUAGAUGUUCAUAGUAUGAAAAUCAGUGGUGAAGUAGAAGAAGUUUCUAGCCUAGAUACAUUUAAAACAGCAAUAUCAUCACCAGGCAUAUCAGUGGUCCAUUUUAAAGUGGCAGCGAAUGAACAAUGUAAAGAAAUAUCCCCAUUCAUAAAUUUGCUUUGUGUUCGGUAUCCAUCUGUUCAUUUUUUUAAGGUGGAUGUGGAGGAAAGCUUAGCAGUGGCAAAAGCUGAGAGUAUAAGAAUGGUCCCAACGUUUAAGAUUUAUAAGAAUGGAGACAAAGUGAAGGAGAUGAUCUGCCCGAGCCAUCAGUCCUUGGAGGACUCAGUGAGGAACUAUAUACUAUAAAAAGAAAAAAUCCUUACUCUUUCUUGUGGCUCAAGCCCCCCACAGCAUUUGAUGGUAAUAGUCCAAAGAAUUCAUUGUCCGUUCUUGAUUCAUACUAGUAUCACCAGUUUUACUUGUGAUAUAAUCAUUUACAUAAUUGUUUCAUAGAGCUCUGAAGGCAAGAAAACGUCAUCAGGCUCAGAGAGAAAGUAGCUUCUUAGUUUACAUUUGUGGAAUUACUUAUUCUUUUCUUUA